ACGCCGCCGGGACAUGCUCGCAGCCUGACUGACCGCAGGUGGCCGCCGCGCCCGGGACACGAAUGAAGAAACAGCUGCUCCUCCUGUUCACACACCGGGGACUCGUCAGCCGAGGGGGCCGCAGGGGGAAGCGUCGCCGAAAAUGGCCUCGUUCAGCAUCCGCGCCGCGCGUCCCGAGGACUGUCCCGACCUGCUGCGACUGAUCAAGGAAUUGGCGAAAUACGAGGACAUGGAGGACCAGGUGGUGCUAACUGAGAAAGGUACGGGGAAUGGAAGAGUUCGGUCGGUUGGCGGCCGAGUGACAGCGCCUGUGGCUCAGCUGCGUGUGCAUUCUGCUUUUCUAGAGCUGCUUGAGGAUGGUUUUGGCGAGCACCCUUUCUACCACUGUCUGGUUGCAGAAGUGCCGAAAGACCAGUGGUCGUCUGAAGAAACAUGCAUUGUGGGCUUUGCCAUGUAUUACUUCACUUACGAUCCGUGGAUUGGGAAACUGCUGUACCUUGAAGAUUUUUAUGUGAUGGCUGAGUACAGAGGACUUGGUAUUGGAUCAGAAAUUCUGAAGAACUUGAGUCAGGUGGCUGUGAAGUGCCGCUGCAGCAGCAUGCACUUCCUCGUCGCCGAGUGGAACGAGCCCUCCAUCAGGUUCUACAAGAGAAGGGGCGCCUCGGAUCUGUCCACCGAGGAGGGCUGGAGGCUCUUCAAGAUUGACAAGAAGUAUCUCUUGAAGAUGGCAGCAGAAGAGUGAGAGAUUAUUCCAGCAAAUAAAUGUUUUCUGCGAAUAUAUGUGCUCUCUGAAUAAACUUCUUGCUUUCUGUGUAUGUACAGUUUGUAGUGGAAUAAAGUAGUGUGGAUGCUAAUAAUGGCAGUGCAGGUGUGGUUAUAGAGUAAUGGUACUGUGAUCUGGAGCUGAGGCAGCUGUGAAGUUCAGUAUGUGCUUGUGUGCAUCCUUUACCAGUGUGGGCUUGUAAUCCCUGUAUAUGGAGACUUCAUUCUUGUAAGUGUCAUUCAAAUGUGUACAAUGUACACACUGGUAGGGUUUGUUUUAAUUCUUGUCUUUUAUAAAAAUAAAAUAGUGUUUUCACUUCA